CAGUGUCAAAAAAACAACAGAGCGAGAUCAGAGCUCUCAUGCAGCAGGGACAAGAGAAGCUGAAACUGAGUCCAAAGAGGUGUGCGUGUGUCUCAAAUACACCUGCGAAAAAUGGACAUCAUUUUUUGUGGUCUCCUCUUAAGAACGUAAUGACAUUGAAAAAUCAAGGUGAUAGAACUGCAUUUAGCCCAAAGAGACUCAAACAAUGAGGCAGAAGGCAGCUGAAGGAUCCAGACACAGACAUGGAAAGACAAGAAGUUACCACAAAUGACACAGAACAGAAACGCAAGACGAGGUCUGAAAUGUUUAGGGAAAACAAUAAUGCAGGUGUUCCAGCGACUCCUGGGACAGGAAAUGAUGUGGCUGUUGACUUUUUACAUUCAGAUCAUGGAUCCCCAGAAGACAGUAAUGAGCUGACAGGAGAUGGACCUGCAAGAGUUUCCAUUGAAAACCAAAGUCCCACCGAUAUCAAUGAGGAAGUUGCAGUGCUGAAUUUAACCAACAGAGGGACCCAGAGUAAAUCAGAUCCUCCUGAGACACACAAUGCCAACAAAAAGACAGGAACUCUUAAAAAUAUCAGAAAAUCAACAUCCAGAGUCAUUUUGACUUGCGAGUUUGAAGGCUGCGAUAAGAUUUUUUCUAGUCUGCAAUAUCUAAAUCAUCACGUCAAGUACCAACAUCUCCAGCAGAAGAGCUUCAUCUGCUCGCACCCCACCUGCAGCGAGUCAUUCAAUAUUAAGAAGCGUCCGAAGGAACAUGUGAAGUUACAUAGUAAUCAGAGAGAGUAUAUCUGUGAGUUCUGUGCCCGGGCGUUCCGAACCAGCAGUAACCUGAUCAUCCACCGCAGGAUACACACCAGAGAGAAACCGCUGCAGUGUGAGGUGUGUGGCUUUACCUGUCGACAGAAAGCCUCUCUGAAUUGGCACAUGCGAAAGCACAAUGCUGAGAGCACCUACCAGUUCCCCUGUGAGAUUUGCGGUCGCCGUUUUGAAAAGAGAGACAAUGUCACGGUUCACCGUAGCAAGAGCCACCCAGACUAUGAUACACCCACUCCGGAACUGACUCUUCCCCUUCUUCCCUCUGACCCACUCCCACAUCCCUUGGAGCACAGCAGAUCUUCCCCUUCUGCUUCCAAGAAUCACACUGCUGUAGAAUAACAUUUGUUAUGUCCUGUUUUGAUUAAAUAUGUAACAAUUUGUGCAUCCUUGAGAAAACUCUGCUGUGUGGCUAAUUGGUUUUAAUAAAAAAAGCUGAGAAAUUGCCAUGUGAUGCAUACAGUAUCUGAGAAAUUAAUUCAUUUUCUGGUGGUUUUUAAAAUAUGUCUUGUUUUGUCAUCAUGCAGAGACUGUAUUUAUGUAAAAUGACCUAAAUCAGCAUACUAAGGUCAGUGUAUUAAUUAAUAAUUUAUUAUUAUUAAAUUUGUCGUUAACUUAUAUCACACAUUGCU